AUGGCGUUGCCUUCAUUGGGGGUUGCAGUCUUGGUGCUACUAGCGUAUCCUCUUGGUAGAAUAUUCUACAAUAUUUACUUCCACCCGCUGGCUCAUCUACCAGGCCCUCGCAGCUGGGCCGCGACCCGCUUACCAUUUAUCUGGGCACUUCUGCGAGGUACCAUCGUUCAUGACUUUGAGGAACUGCAUCGGCAAUAUGGGACAGUCGUAAGAACCGCCCCUGACGAGGUCAGCUUCGCCAGCGGUGAUGCCUGGACUGCCAUAUAUGCUAAUACAAAUCGCUCGGAUAACCGACAAUUUCUCAAAGAUCCUCUUUGGUGGAGAAAACCACCUGGAAAGCCUGAUUCGCUGCUCAGUGCGAUCAGUCCUGCUAAGCAUGCGCGUAUGCGGAAGAUGCUGUCUCCAAGUUUUACCCCUCGAGCGCUCCGUGCCCAAGAGCCCAUGCUUCAAAAGUUCACAAGUCUCCUUAUUGAACGACUAAGGGAAAAGGUGGAGAACAACACCGAGGUAGCGAGUAACGCCAGCGUGGAGAUUGAUAUAGCGCCAUGGAUGAAUUACACAACUUUCGAUAUAUUUGGCGAUCUAGGAUUCGGGGAGUCUUUUGACUGUCUACAAAACUCACGGUAUCAUUCAUGGAUAGAGCUGCUAUUCAAUAGUGUUAAAGCUGCGUCCUUCCUCGCUGCAGCACGAUACUAUCCUCUGGUCGAGUUCUUGUUGAAGAAAUGCGUACCGGCUUCUUUAAGCGAGAAAGCCGCGAAGCAUCAGCAGCAGAUCGUUGAAAAGAUAGAUCGGCGUCUCAGCUGGGAACUUCAACGACCAGAUAUCAUGUCAUACCUUAUUGAUGAUAAAGGUCAAGUAGCAUGGGAUCGAGGGGAGCUGAAUGCUACCUUUGCAAUGCUCACUACGGCAGGAAGCGAAACGACUGCUACAGUCCUGACAGGCAUUUUAUGCUACUUAGUAAACGAGCCCGAUAAACUUGCACUCGUUACAAACGAAGCACGCCAGGCGUUUUCCAACAGCGCAGAUGUGACUCUGAUCUCAGUCCAGAACCUUCACUACCUCAAGGCUGUGAUUCACGAAGGCCUUCGACUCUGUCCACCCGUUCCCUGGAUGCUACCUCGACUUGUUCCCGAGGGCGGAGAAGUUAUCUGCGGGAAAUGGAUACCAGGAGGUACCCCAGUUUCACUUCAAGCAUAUGCUUUGAAUCGGGACCCCAACGCAUUUUUCGAUGCGACAUCAUUUCAUCCCGAGCGAUGGCUGCCCGACGCCUCGAGUCCUAAGUCUGUGUUCUUCAACGAUGAUCGUCGUGCUGUCCAGCCGUUCAGCAUGGGUCCUCGCGCAUGCUUGGGUCAGCAUCUUGCGUGGGCUGAGAUGCAGCUGAUUCUUGCGAAGCUAUUGGUGUCUUUUGAUUUUGAGGCUGUCGAAAAUAAGCGUUUGAGAUGGGAAGAUCUACGGACUUUUCUACUCGUGGAGAAGCGACCGUUGGAUGUUCGAAUAAAGCUGGCUAUGUGA